UUCGUUUUCGCCGCCUGGACAGACCCUGACGGGGGUGGUGACGAUGCAUCAUGUGCCGGUGUUCCUCCAAAAGACGUACGACAUGAUCGAGAACUGCGCGGACACGGUCGCGACGUGGUCCACGACGGGCGAGUCGUUCAUCAUCAAGCGCAUCAACGAGUUUGCGUCGGAGGUCUUGCCUCGGUACUUCAAACACAACAACUUCAGCUCGUUUGCCCGGCAGCUCAACUUUUACGGAUUCCACAAGGUCAAGAAGGAGGACAUCCUGCUCCGAGCGAAGGGACUGGACUCGCCCACCGAUCCCGACGCGGUAUUGGAGGCGCAGGGUUGGUGGGAAUUCAGCCACCCACUCUUCUUGCGAGACCAUCCCGACAAGAUGGGAAGUAUUCGACGAAAGACCUACGCAGAUUCGAAUCAAGCGCAAGCAGCGGCGGCUGCCGCUGCCUCCGCCCAGUCGUCGUCGCCCCCGCACUCGAACAAAUCGGAACUCGACGAAUUGAAGGGCUUUAUGACUGAACUCGUUGAUGACGUCAAGACGGAAUUGGCGACGCUCAAGAACCAAGUAAACCUAUUGACGAACCACAUGACGUCGCUGGGAAGUCUCAUGCACCUGAUCGUCCAGACACACUCGAUGGACGCUGCUGAACCCUCGCUGAAGCGAAGGAAAAUUUACUCGUCGAUGCCUCCUACAAUGCCCCAGCAGCACACCAUGAACAACCCCAUCACACUCCCGCCGUUGAACGCGAUGGCCUCUCCUCACGGGUCGCCGCCGCCUACAUCAUCCCUGCUGUCGACGAUGUACACCAAGUACAAGUACAUGGAUGAGCGAAACGAGCUGGAAGAGUCGGAAGCGACGGCGGCAUACGUCCUGUGGAAUCAUGCUCGGCGGGAAAAGAUGCUCUGACCGCGCCGAAUGCGGAGGAUCACACGUUUGAAACGUUUUGUAAACAUAUCGAACAGAUUAGGUAGAGUAACAACAAACUAAGUAUAAUAGUCAGGUUGGAGGGAGAUGAUGUGGCGUAUUCUUAAUGUAC